CACCACUUAAGAGUAAAUAAGCUAAAGGUCUCCGAUUAUGACCAGACGUCAAGGGUGAAACGUGGUAGCGGAUGAAGAACUUCAGCUUAUGGCGGAACUCUAUGAGAAUUCUUAGGAGCAAAAAGCUCGCCUCUCACGAAAACUGAAAUAUGCUUCAAAGGUAGUGACUGAGAAAUUGCUGAUACUCAGCACUUUCAGCUUUGAUGAAUUUGCUCGAUUUACAGAACAGCUUUUUUUCUUUCCUUCAUGUCAACGGCCAGAGAGCAUGAAGUAAAUGACACUCUGUCAUUCACACCAGAGCUUUGGGAAUCACACAACAUUUAGCAGCUAACAUCAUUCAGCUUCCCUCACAUCUGUGCAUUUUACUCUGGAAAACAACAUAAUGUAUUGCAACUUCUUGAACUUCAGCAGCUCCAGGAACAUAUAAAACAACGUAUAAACAUGUUCGGGCCAAGCCAAGAGCUUCAUAAUAACACACAAUCGAAAUGUGUUCAACCCUCUCAGCCCAAUCCCACAAACCCUUCUGGAUCUUCUAGCAAACCAAAGCAAGGUGGAUUCAGGAAGGUCUGUUCCACUGGAGAACCAAUUCCCUGUCCGAUCCCAGGACUGGCAUCUGAGGUGCUGGAAAUGCGCGUGAAGGAAGGAAGCAAGAUCAGGAACCUUUUGGGUUUCGCCAUGUCUCGAAUUGAAGGUGGCGAACACACGCCGCCAACAUCGCAAGUUCUGUUCAGCGGGACGGGACGGGCUGUGACCAAAACCAUCACCUGUGCGGAGAUAAUGAAACGGAAGGUGCGUGGUUUACACCAGGUGUCUAAGCUCCAGUACAGGACGGUGACUGAGGUGUGGGAGAGCCAGGAAAGCGGCCCGGUUCAGAUGACCGUACACAGGACUCUUCCUUCAAUUUGCAUACUACUGUCCAAAGAACCGCUGGACCCGCAGGAGCCGGGAUACCAGCCUCCAGCCGAAAUAAAUGCUCUCUCAGAGGAAAGCAAAUGGCCAGAUUCGCAGGGAGCUGGAAAGCCAGAAAAAAGACCAGCGAGUCCUUGCUGUCAUGAGUUUCCCAGUCUUAAAAGAGCUGCUCUGGGACACGAUAAAAUUCCCACUCUGGAACCAGUGAAAAAAUGUUACUAUAAAAGGGAGGAUUUCAUAUAGAAAUAUUUAUAACUUGCUUGACUGUCGUAUAAUUUGGCCAUAUUAGAAUGCAAUAAAUGUGAAAGUAUAAUCUGAGUGAUGAAAUGCAUGAUCAAGUGAUUUUUUUGUAUUACUUCA